AUGCCAUCCAGGGCUCUGACCAUGGGAAUCAUCUUUGUCUCUCAGACAGGAGUCGGAUUCCUAGGAAACAUCCUGCUCCUUCUCUGCUAUGGCUUCCUUUCCUGCACUGGACGAGGGAUAAAGCACAUGGAUUUGAUUCUCCAUAACCUAAUUGUAGCCAACUGCUUGGUUCUGCUCGCGAGAGGCAUUCCUCAGACCAUGGCAGCUUUUGGGCUGAAAUAUUUCAUGGACGAUUUUGGAUGCAAACUAGUUUUCUAUGUUCACAGAGUGGCCAGAGGGGCGUCUCUGAGUGCAACUUCUCUCCUGAGUGGCUUCCAGGCCAUCACAAUCAGCCUUAGCAGCCCCCAGUGGAUGCAGCUCAAGGUCAAAGCCCUCAAAUCCAUUCGACUUUCCAUUCUGCUCUGCUGGACCCUUCACCUGUUGGUGAAUAGUAUUGUUCCUAUGUAUAUUACAGCAAUGAGGGAGAGCAGCAACCACACAGAGAAAAAAGACUUAGGGUUCUGCUCUGGCGUAAUUAUUGACAGAAAUAUAUCCUUAUUGCAUUCAGUGAUGUUUUCCUUCACUGACGUGUUGUAUUUGGUGUUGAUGAUUUGGGCCAGUGGCUGCAUGUUGAUCAUUUUGUACAGACAUAAGCAGAAGGUCCUACACAUUCACAGCAAAAGCCUCACUCCCAAAUGCUCCCCGGAGACAAGAGCCACCCACAGCAUCCUGAUCCUAGUGAGCACAUUUUUCUGUUGUUAUGCACUGUCUUCCUUCUUUACUUUCUAUAUGUCCCUCUUUGAUAAACCCAGCUGGUGGCUGGUGAAUACCUGUGCCCUUAUGGGUUCAUCUUUCCCCUGUGUUAGCCCCUUUGUGCUCAUCAGCAGAGACCCCCGUGUCUCCAGGCUGUGGUAUACCCACGGCACAAAGAUCAGUGAUCUCUAUAAGUGGGUCAGAGCAUGA